CCACUGACCACAAAUGUAAGUCCAUGUCAUCCCUAGAUAUUACUUGUCAAAAGCUCAUCCCACCAACGCUGCAUCUACUUCCAGCGCAAGCUUCUCAAUUCUUGACUUGCUUUCGUCCUACGACACAAUAGAUUAAAAAUAGAACAAAAAAAACCCCGCGAAAAUGAAAAACAGAAGAAGCCGCCCGCGCCAUCUCUCAUUUUCCGUUUUCACGCUUCCCCAAUCCUCCCGCGCAUUUCACCCCGCACGUGCCAGCUCAUCCCCUGAAAGCCCAGCCCAGCCCACGCUCAACCCGGCCCGAACCGGACAAAUUUCCUUUCUUCUAUUUCCCUUCGGUUUCGUAAUUCCGUUUACAAUUCCUGAUUUCCUUCCCUAUCGUUUUCUUUUGUCUACCAAUUAAAUUUCCUUUUGUCAAGAAUUAUAGAUAGAAUUUUCCGCUCGCUUCUAAACUCCUCUCCCUUCGCCUUUCCCCCGAAGGACUCGGUCGACGACGGAACCCCCCGUCUCUCUCUCUCCUCCUUCCCUGGAUCGAAAACUCGAAAUCCCACCUCUACCCACCGGCCGCCGCCGCCACCACCACCCUCCACAGCAUCACAAACUCACAAUCCCCAUAAGCCAUUCCUCCUCCGUCCGUCGCCAGGAGCACUGAGCAGAAGGGAGAGAGGUUCUCUAAUUUGUGGAGCUAAUAGUUGAGACUGGACGGGGAUCGCUCUAUCUGGGAAUUGCUGUUUCGUACGAAGAAUUGAGUUAGGGUUUCUCAAUCUCGCCCACUUCUCCUUCCUUUCAAUUCAGCCUGGUACCUUUUUGACGAAUCUUUUGAUUCGGCUUUCCGGAGGCUUUUCUGUUUGCUUCCGAAUUCGCGUUCAGUUUUUUUUUUUUUUUUGUUGCAAACCCUAGUAGCGACAAAUCGGGGAAAAAAAGAAAAAAAGAGGAGCGAAGAAAAAAAAAAAAAAGCGGAAGAGAUAGAUCCAUUCGUUUAUAAUCAUUCAUUUCCUUUUUCUUGAAUUGUGUACAUAAGAAGAGAAAUUUUUUUUUGUCCCACGGUUUAGUUAGGUUUGGCCUUCUUCUUGUUGGUUAGGUGCUGAAUUUAGUGUUCUGGACUUCUGGUUGAGACAAGAAACUCCGGUGAAGUUUUUGCUUGGCGUUGUUUUAGUUAGCUAUCGGAAAUUGAGGGUUUCUUGUUCGAGAUCUCGUGUUGGUUUUCACAAGGCGAGGAGAUAGGAUAUUCGAUUCUUUUCUGCGCCUCCACUCUUUGAGAUUCCCGGUACUCUUUUCUGCGUUCUGAACGCUUUGCCCCUUGCUGUGGGGAAUUGCUUUGAGCCCAAACUGUAUUCUGCAAGGUACUUUGUGAUUGGGGUUGAGAUCGAUGGCAUUGAAUUUCUCACAACGGAUGGUGUUCCCACCUCGUUCUUCAGAGGAUAAUUUCGUGUCAUCUAUGAGGGUCGGCAACAGUUGCUUUGCUGACUGCAUAGCGGAGAAUGUGGAUGGGUAUUAUGAUUUUGGUAGGGAUAAUAGGCAUGAGUCUCUGGAUGCUAUGGAUGAGGACAUUCUGGAUGUUUUGCCUUCUGAUCCUUUUGGCAUGGAUAUAAGUACAACCGUUACUGCUCUAACGGGCUGGCUUGAGGAUUUGGAAAUGGGUUACGGUGGGUAUGGCGGGGAAGGAGUCAUGGGGAGCAGCGAGCAGUAUCAACUGUUUGCUGGGUUGAAUUACUUUAUUUGGAAUAAUGCAUUGAGAUUUCAGGCGGCGGCCUUUCCUUCAAGCACAAGGUUUAGUCCUAACUCAAACGCGGAGUUUGAAUUUGUUUAUGGGUGUGAGGCUAAAGAGAAGAUGAUAAAGGAGGAUUCCGAGAAGGACUCUUCGCGAUUGCGGGAUGGAAAGGUGUGUGAUUUAGAUGUCCCCUGUUCUGUGGAUGAGAUGAGCGUUGGAGAUUGUUGUGAUGAUACUGAGGGUGCUUCUCUUGAUGGAGAUGAUAGAACCCAUCAUCCUUGUUUUACCUUUGUCCUUUCACAUUUGAGCCCGAGGGACCUAUUGUCCGUUGAGAUGGUUUGUGUUUCACUCCAUUCUGCAGUUCGGGAUGACCCAUUCGUUUGGAGCAAUAUUUACAUUGAUCAACCUCUGAGUGAGAAAAUGACCGAUGAUGUUCUUGUUCAAAUAACAGAUAGGGCUCAAGGUAAUCUAGAACACUUGACCCUAGUAGAGACUUCAUGGAUUACUGAUGCAGGGCUGAAGCAUGUACUUGAAAACAAUCCUAAGCUAAUCAAGCUGAGUGUGCCCGGAUGUUCUAGAGUCAACAUUGACAGCAUAGUGACUAUUUUGAAAGAACUCAAGGCUUCAAAUAAGCUGGGGCUGAAGCACUUGAGGAUUGGCGGGGUCUAUGGAGUGACACAUGAGCACUAUGAAGUAUUGAAGUUAUUACUGGAUGCAGAUUCCAGCAAGCAGCAGAAAGUCAGGCAGCCACUCUAUUACCAGAGGGCCAACCCUUAUCUGCCAUGUGAUGAUGAUCGUGCCAUCGAUAUUGAAAUGUGCCCGAAAUGCCAUAACCACAGGUUGGUUUAUGAUUGCCCUGCUGAAAGCUGCCAGCAAGGAGAACAUUCAUCUCCGGCUUGCAGAGCGUGCACACUUUGCAUAUUACGGUGUGCUCAGUGUGGGCGGUGUAUCAAUGAUAGUGAAUAUGAAGAAACAUUCUGUCUGGAGUUGCUUUGCGCAUUUUGUGGAAGCACCAGUUGAAAUGGCGAAGAAAACAGGAUAGUCCUGACUACUUAGACAGUCUCUACCUAUGCCUGGAGGCAUACUCUCCUAUGGAUGUAUAAUAUGCUCUGAUUUUAUGAGGCAAAAAAAAAAAAAAAGAAAAAAUGGAAAACACAAAAGAAGCAAAAAAAAAAAAAAAAAAAAAAAAACAAAGAUUUCAAAGAGAAAAAAAAAGAGAGUAAAGGAGUGGCAGCCAUGGUUGGUGGCUUCGUUUUGCAUUUAUUUGUGUUUUGUGUUUUCGAGUAUGCUGACUGCAGGCUCAGCUAUUCGCUCGACUUUGGGGGGAAAGUAGAAACAAAAGAUGGAGGAUGUGGGCAGGAAGGUAGCAAGAGACUCAUUGGCCAUUGCAGUAGAAGUUUAUGAAUCCACUGCUUUUGGGUCAAGGAUGCACUGAUCUGGCCUUGAGAAUUCAGCUGCUCGGUUGAAGGUAUUGUCUCUCGUAUUGAAGUUGGGAGAGCGUGUUCUUACGUAACAUGUGUGACCAGGUGCGUUGGUAAUCCUCUCUGGGUUACUACUGGCUUUGGUAUUUGUCAAUCAUCUGAAGACUUGGAAGUGGUGACUUGCCCUCUACUUGAAGCAUUUGAGGACACUGUGUAUACUCUGCUCUAAUCGUGUGAAGUUUGAUAACCUAUGACGAAAUGUUGUACUAUUGUGUUUCAGGUGUGUGAUAUUAGUUGUCUCCCCGCUAUGCCCUGUUAGUUCUUAUUAUGUGUUGAUACAAUUGUUUCGGGGAGAAGGAAUAAUGGUUUGGUGGUUUGUAUGUUCCCAACCAAAGACUUUAACAGGAAUAAUGGCUGGUGGUUUGUAUUAUUCGUCGGCCAGUUGUAGGAUGUUGUAUCUAAACCUAAGCUAGUCUUUGCUGUUAUUGCUUGUGUAAUGAAUAAUAAGGGGAAGGAGGGCCGAGACACCUUAGCCUUGUUGGGUUGUGUACAUGUUUCGUUCUGUCGUUUUGGUUGUGCAUUUCUGUAUUUUUGUGAAUGGAAAAAGUGAACCAAGGAGCACAAGACGUUCUCUUGUAAUCUUUGGCCUUUUAAGGGUCUUUUCUUCUGUGCUCGUUAAUGUUGAGCAGUGAUGGACAAUGAUCUUUCUAUCUUGCCCAAGUUUUUAAAUAUAAUUUGGCUCAAUUUCAUUAAAAAUGAAGCUAACGAAAUGGGAUUGUAACAAUUAGGACAAAACAAUUAGAAUUGUCUAUUUUGUAUCAUUUUGAAGUGACAUAGGUUGAGCAAGUAUUGUAAAAUAAUGCGUUUUUGUGAAGAAUGAGAUAAUUGUGAGACAAUUAGUUAAAUUAUCUCUUUUUAGUUCAGCUACCAUUCAAAUGAACCCAUAUAAUCAUUGCAGUUGAGGAGACUUUCAUGGCAUUCUGGGUUAUUAGAGGCAAUGGAUGCGCUCCUGAAUGCUUGGUAUGUUCUUGACCAAGGUGUCUUCGGUGUCUAUUUAUCAGAGAAUGAUGGUAUCAAUAAUAUAUAGGGUUAAUAUUUCGUAUGGCCUGAACUUUGACCAAAAUAAAUAUCCUGGCCAAUCUUUUCGAUCUAUAACAUCCUGGCUCGAACUAUACACCAAAAUAAACAAUUUGGUCAAACUCAAUGUUUGACCGUUAACUUGGACGGUCAAACGCGUUGACUAACGGUCAACGCGCCACAUCACUGCCAAGUCAGAAGAUCUGAUAAAUAUUUAAUUUUUUUCGUUUUUUAUUUUUGGUUUAACUAAGGUAUUAGAUGAUUUUUUUAAUUUAUAAUAUUUUAAAAUUAGAGAAUGUGUGGAAAUUGUGAAUUAUUUUGAAUAUUUUAUGCUGACUUGGCAGUGACAUGGCGCGUUGACUAACGGUCAACGCGUUUGACCGUCCAAGUUAACGGUCAAAAGUCGGAUCUGGCCAAAUUGUUUAUUUUGGUGUAUAGUUCGGGCCAAGAUGUUAUAGAUCGAAAAGAUUGGCCAAGAUGUUUAUUUUAGUCAAAGUUCAGGCCAUACGAAAAUAUUAACCCUAAUAUAUAGUAAGUUACUAACUAUCAUUUAUCACUUUUCACCAUCGUUUACCACAAGUUACCAUCCUAUAUCAGGGUGGUAUAUUUGGUUCUGAAAAUUCUUUCCCAGAAGUUAAUACCAAUGGAUCACGAUGACUUCAUUUCUACUAUACAAAUUUUUUUAAAAAUUUGAGUUAAUAACGAAGGUGGUACUGAGUAGUAUCAGGAUGGUAAUGAGUGGUGCGAAAUUUUGUUGUUUGCCUUGAUAGUUUCAUCAUUUUUCCACUUAGAAUUUUGGCCUUGAUAGUUGAUACGCACCACCAAUCCACCAUUCAUGGGCUUCAGAAACCAUGAGCAAGCAACUCUGUUGAUGAACUAGUUACUCGCCUACUCCAAGUGCAUUUGCCAAAACCACCAACCUUCAUUUUUCGAAAAAGAUUGUCAAAUCUAUUUAUACUAUUGUGUACAUAUAACAUAGUAAUAUAGUUCGAUCGGUGGUACAACGUAACCGGUUUAUGUCGGUUCAUGUUGGCUUAAUAAAAAUCGAUCAUACGAUUCUAUUGAUGAUGUUCACACCGGUUUCAUAAUAGACACCAGUUAAACCAGGUUCAACUAGCCGAUAUCUCACCAGCAUGACACCCAUGAUUAUAAGAACGUCACGUGGUUGCGUAACGUUUACUCAUAACACUCAAUUGAAAAGAAAACAUUCAAUUUAAAUUUAAUAAAAGAAAAUAUUAGAUGGGGUUAUGAUUCAUUGUUGUACACCAAAGAAUAUCUAAUAAGCAUAAACAUAGACUAUAUUAUAUGCAUGCGUAUGCUAACCUUUGUCAUGUAUAAUGCUAUACGGUGGUAUCUAUCCGUCACUAGUAUGGUUUUCCCCCUCUACCCAAUUCAGAAGGGUAACAAUGAUUGAUAAAAUGCCCAUGAUUAGAGAACAACUACCCAGAACCGUUCUGCUACCAAACUUAACAACUUUUGUCCAAAAAACUGAUGGACGGAGAGAACGAAACCCAAAUUACAAGUCAAACUUUAGAGAAAGAAACGUUGAAUCAACACCCGCCUAAAAUAGGUAAGAAAAGAACCAGGCCGUUGUUGUUCUGUGAAUAAUAUUGAAGGACUUUCGGAACAAAAAAUAUAGGCAAAGGAGACACGAGAACAGGAAGAGGGGGAGAUCCAUCGCAGAAGGAAAAUGGAUUCCGGGUUAUCAUGGGCGGAUCAAUGGGAUUACAACGACGAUCCUCCUCCGCAGAAGAACUCGAAUGACAAGAAGAAGGGAAAAGAUGGGGGCAAGAGCAGCAUCGGGAAGAAGUUCCUCAGCUUGAAAUGGAUGAAAGAUUUGAGGAAGAAACCUGCUUCUUCUGCUUCUCAUAAGGAGGGUGACUGAAAUGGAAAACAAUUUCUGUCAUUCGUUCAUCUUGCGUGACAAUCAAGUAAUCAUCAAUCUACAUCUUGUGUUUUUCAUGUUUUUAAAAAAGACUAUCGUUUUUCAUUGGCCAAAAGAUAGUUGUGUGGAUUCAUGUAAAUUGAUAUAUUAUUAUGGCGUUGUCAUUCAUCAUUUAUUAUGUGACAUUUUCAUUUAGACCAAUGAGAUUGACGAUUAUUUCCUUGAGGAAAGUUUGAAGAAUGACAUCGAUACUCUUAGGAAUGUAAUGCAAUGUUUUUCUGCUUACUACUCGUUUUUAUUUCCUUUGAUACUAGCUAGCUCAUUGUAUCGCCACAAUUUUGUCUCGUGUUUUCUAUUUUUCAUUGCUGGAGUUGAUUUUUUUUGAGCUGGGAGGGAAAUGGAAGAAAGGCUUUAACAUUGAAGAAAGUUAAGGAAGCUCUGGAUUGUGUAGAAGCGAUGUGAAUUCGAAUAAUCUUCUAAUGCUUCUCGUAAACACUUAUUCCAUGGAAAAUGCGUUAUAAACAGCGAAGUUUCUG